AUGAAUAAAGUUGAAAAUUUCACUUCCCAGAGACUUCAACGUGUUAAUUACAAUUUAAAAGUGAAAGGAUUCUUGUUGCAAUAUCUUUGGACAUCUGAGACAAUAAAUUAUUUGUCAUUUGUGAAUUUCAGCAACAUCCGUGAUUCAACAAACAGUCAAGGAUGUGAAAAACAGACAAAGAAUGCACAUCUUAAUAACUUCAUAAACAAGUCAUAA